GUGGGUUUUUGUUAUUUUUUUUUAUAGGACAGGGAAAGGGACAGUUUUCAAUGAAAGGCUACAGAGAGAGAGAGAGAGAGAGAGAGAGGGGAAUGAUGGUGGUGGGCAUAGUGUUUUUUUGAGUGAACAGAACCAGACCCACUUCAAAGUUGAGCUCUAGGGGUGCGUAGGAUAAGCAGAAAAGAGAAAAGCUUAAGCCUUUUAAGCGCUCUUUUUCUUUCUGUUUCUUCCUUUCUUUGUGUGCGCUUGGUAAAUAUUGGUUGUGAUUAAGCUCUAACCUCCACCAGGCUCGAACGAUAAGCGAGAGCUGCUUAAUUUGGACAUUCUUGGUUCUUUGGUGGGUUUGACUAAAGAUGGGUGGUGGCGGUGGUGGUGCGCAUUUUAGCAGAGGCAGAGGAUUGACGGUGUUUUUUUGCUUAUUGGGUCUUUUGUCAUUAACUCGCGCCGCUAGAUUAAGUGUCGAAAGACAGAAACUUGAGGUGCAAAAACACUUGAAUCGCUUGAACAAGCCAGCUGUUAAGAGCAUUGAGAGUCCAGAUGGGGAUAUAAUAGACUGUGUUCACAUGGCUCAUCAGCCCGCUUUUGAUCAUCCAUUCCUCAAAGACCACAAGAUUCAGAUGAGGCCUAGUUACCACCCAGAAGGGCUCUUUGAUGAGAAUAAGGUGGCCACAGAAUCAAAAGAAAGAACAAAUCCAAUCACUCAGUUGUGGCACAUGAAUGGUAAAUGCCCUGAGGGUACCAUACCCAUUAGAAGAACAAAGAAGGAUGAUGUUUUGCGUGCAAGCUCAGUGAAAAGGUAUGGCAGGAAGAAGCACAGAAGCAUCCCCAAGCCAAGGUCUGCAGAUCCUGAUCUCACUAAUGAAAGUGGCCACCAGCAUGCAAUAGCUUAUGUAGAAGGGGACAAGUAUUAUGGAGCAAAAGCAACCAUUAAUGUGUGGGAACCCAAAAUACAACAGCCUAAUGAAUUCAGCUUGUCUCAGCUAUGGAUAUUGGGAGGUUCAUUUGGUGAAGAUCUCAACAGUAUUGAAGCUGGCUGGCAGGUCAGUCCAGAUCUAUAUGGUGACAACAACACAAGGCUUUUCACAUACUGGACUAGUGAUGCGUAUCAAGCCACAGGAUGCUACAAUCUCCUUUGUUCAGGCUUUAUUCAGAUCAACAGUGAGAUAGCAAUGGGAGCAAGCAUCUCUCCUGUUUCUGGCUACCGCAAUUCCCAAUAUGAUAUCAGUAUUCUUGUCUGGAAGGAUCCGAAAGAGGGACACUGGUGGAUGCAAUUUGGUAAUGACUAUGUGUUGGGUUAUUGGCCAUCUUUCCUAUUCUCAUACUUAACAGACAGUGCUUCCAUGAUUGAGUGGGGAGGUGAGGUGGUGAACUCAGUGCCAAAUGGUCAACACACCUCAACUCAGAUGGGCAGUGGACAUUUCCCUGAAGAAGGGUUUGGGAAAGCAAGUUACUUCAGGAAUAUUCAAGUUGUUGAUGGUUCCAAUAAUCUCAAGGCACCUAAAGGAAUUGGCACCUUCACUGAGCAAUCUAAUUGCUAUGAUGUUCAAACUGGUAGCAAUGGUGACUGGGGCCAUUACUUUUAUUAUGGGGGCCCUGGCAGAAACUCCAAUUGCCCAUAAAGAGGAAAAUCUAUUUCACCUCAUAUAUAUAUAUAUAUAUAUAUAUAUUAAUCCUCUCCCUCUGUAUCAUUCAACCUGGUAAUGCCUCCCCUCCUUUGUACACCCUUUUUACUGUUAGGUUGGGUUAGUGAUGUGACCUAUUCUAGUGGGAAAUUUGGACUUGGUUCUUUUUUUAACCUAAAGUAUUCUGAUUCUCCAUGUAAGUGGUUGGGAAUAUGGCCAAAGUUUCUCAAAUCUAAAAGAAACAGGCCUUUGUUACUCUCUUUGUAUUCUAUUUGUUUGUUAACACCUUUUCUUGGAGUGGUUUGUGAAUGAAUGAAUGAAGACUCCAUUUUCUUCUU